AUGGCAAAUAUAAAUGACGAUUAUGAGCGCAUGAACAAUUUGGAAUGGCGUUUAAAACGUAUUGAGAAUAUGUUAGGAUCAUUUGAAAAAUGUGAAAAUGAACGAGCAUUUCAUAAAAUAACCGAAUUAAACGAAAAUCUAUCGCGCUAUGCAAGUACAAAUAGCAAUGCCAAAACUAUUCUGAAAAAAGCUGAUGAUAUUACUUAUUUAACAAGUUCGGAUUUUAUGAGACGUUUGAAUACGGAUAAAACGACAAAAUUAGAAUUAAUCCUAUUAGAGGAGGAACGAAUACGAAAUGUAACAGAUUCAUUAUCAAAAAUUGCUGAAUUAGCAAAAGUUCUGGAUGGUGAACAUUUCAAUGAUGUACCAAAACUAACCGAGAAAUUGAACACUUUGAUUGUAAAUCAUAAUCAAAUUAAGACUGAGCAUGGCACAUUCACACAAGAAUUGGCGACAUUUUUACAAGAUUAUGCAGCAUUUGUAUCCUUUUUUUGUCUUUAUUAUUCUGUAUAA